AUGCCUGAAGGCGGCGCAUCUUUCCGACCGUGGUCGUCCACCGAGCAGGGCACUGCAUCGCUUGGAGAGACAUUGGCGCAGAUCCAGGCUGAGCGCGGCCAUUUUCGCAAUAUUACAGAAGAAGGCCUACGAGCGGAGAUUGCUGCCGAGGAGAACGGUCAGGCUUCUCAGUCUGCUAGUGGUGACGAGGAGGAUAGCGGGCAAGACGGUGACGCAAGAGAUGGGAGGCGGCAGCCAACGACACGACAAGAGCUGUAUGCAAUCAGAGAAGAGCUCACCAGGAGAGCGCAAGAAGCACACCAAGACGUGCUCGUCACGCUGGACAUGGUAUCAUUGCUGCAGACCACUUACACACCAGCACAGGCUGCUACCACCGUGUCACCAGCUGCCAAGGCGAUUGUUCCGCUGUCGUCCCUCGGAGCAGACCUGUGGGCUCGCACUCCCACCGACCCUGCGCGCGAUGCACAGGAUAGUCUGAUCGCGACCAAUGUUCGAGCCAAAUAUUUGAGCGAAAGUGCCGACAGUCUGUUGUCUGCCGCGUCGAGACUCGAAGAUAACGUGAGGAAGGAGACACAGUAUUGGGAUCAGGUCCUCGAUAUAUCGGCCAAAGGCUGGAAUGUCAGUCGGAUUCCUGGCCAGAAGCAGCGUCUGUUAGGCGUACACUUUGGCCUUAGUGGCAGUGCGAGUGACUCCACAAGCCGCAACAUCGCCGCGCUGAUUCCAGACGAUGAAGGGAACAUCAAGCUUGAGCGAGGAGUUGGCAGCCGCCCGAAAGCGGUCAGGGCGAUCGUGAAGCGAGGCAGCCAGAUUGUGGGGAGCUCAAAGCUGCCAGUCUUACUGGACACUAGUGAGACUACUCUCCAGGCCAGAAUUCGGCAUGCCAGGGAUAGCAUCUUCGACGAAGAGCUCUUCCGCGAGAUGGUCAGAGAAACGCGGACACUGCUUGCGAGAGGGGUGACUAUGAGAGGAUCAACCAUCGUGUUUGAAGUCUCGGAGACUGAGAGCCCCGAAUGCGUGGAGCUUGAGCUGGUGUCUCUCGACGAAGACAACUCUUUGCCCUUCGAAUGCUCUAGGGAGUCAGAUCACCUAGCUCAGGCUACUCUACUAGCUGCCCGGCUUCUGCUCAAUCGUGCGCACCGCGAGAAGAUCAAGAAAAAAUCAUUGCUUCCGCCACCAAUGAUGCCCGCGGAAAACAAAUUACAACCACUACUUAUCCUUCGGCCGAUACUUACUAUGCUGCAGCAUUCCUCACAUGUGCUGCAAAUCAAUGCCUAUCUCGAUACACUAAACCAACUCUUGACGAGGGUGGGUCUCCCCACGACUAUCAACACAGCUCGCGUGGCACUACCAAUGACUCCGCGAGGUGUCGUUGACACUGAGUCGUUUUUAGAUACUUUACUACAGCCACUCUCAGCAGAAGCCAGCAUUGGGAUAGACUCAUUUCCGCCGUUCAAACUUGCGACUGGAACGUCUUUGCAAGAUGAUGUGGGCUUCACGUUUGCUAUCAUCAGAGACGGCAGAUCUUAUCCCUGGGAUUGUGUUGCGGAUCUUGUGGAGGAAACUAAUCAAUGGCUCCCUGACACAAUCCAUCGUUUCAUCAGUCUCAAGACCGAACACUGGAUGUUCCAACAAAGUUCAGGCCACCUUGUCAGCAAGACUGAUGGAGCCCACCGCUCCGCCUUUGUUGAUCUGGAUGGCUCCGCAGGCACUAUCGAGUUGAAAAUGGGGAAAGAAAAGGCGAGUUGGUCGUUAAACGGCGAUAGUGCAGAGCAAGGCAGUAUCGUGGACGCUUUGUUAAAAUGGACGAAGGACUAGAAAUCUUCGUGACAAUUUGUGCUGGUGACAUUGACGAAGCCUGCGACAACAGCUCUCCCGCUGAAUUCAGAAGCGACGACCGCUGCUUUGGAUUCUGUUGCGACUCUCUCGAAGUCAAGAAAGGGGAAAAAAGAGAAGAUGAAGUUGCCAGAGGAAGAUGCUGCUACCGAGCUGCUCCGGGGUGGCGAUAACGCGGCGGACAGUAAGAAAACGCAGCAGACUUCGUCACAGUCUGCGCAGUCGACCAUCAUGGAUGCCUGGAACGCAAUCAACAUCGGCGCAUUCCGCCGAACCCAUGGCAAAUCCUGCCAUUAGCUGCAAACCGCCACCAAAGUUGGGUUGUCGCAAGUACAAACCUUUUCACUGGCGCGCGCCUGAAGACUAUAGUAGUGACGUCUACUACGGCGUCGCUGUUCGACUUCAAAAGUGUACCAUCAACUUCUCCAAGUUCCGUACUCCAAGAUACGUAUCCCCCGUUGGUACAAUUCCGACAGCUCACAAGAAAGGCACGCAUAUCCUUACGUGCAUCAAUCUAUACAUCAAUCUACCUAUUCAUCUAGUUGGUGACUUGUCCGUGCAAACAAACAAACCAACAGACAAACGGGAGGAGAGGCGAGGCUAAGGCCAAAGAAGUAUCGAGAUCAGCGCGACUAUAUGUUAUAUGUAUCUUC